AUGUCAUCAUCCGCUAUGGAAAAACAUCUAUUUAAUUUAAAAUUUGCUGUAAAAGAAUUAGACCGCAAUUCAAAAAAAUGUGAAAAAGAAGAGAAAUUGGAAAAAGAGAAAGCAAAAAAAGCUAUUCAAAAAGGUAACAUGGAAGUAGCAAGAAUUCAUGCUGAAAAUGCUAUACGGCAAAAGAACCAAGCUAUAAAUUAUUUGAGGAUGUCAGCUAGAGUUGAUGCUGUAUCUAGUAGGGUACAAACUGCACUGACAACUAGAAAGGUCACAAAUUCUAUGGCGGGUGUUGUAAAGGCAAUGGAUGCUGCAAUGAAAUCUAUGAAUCUCGAAAAGAUAUCUAAUCUAAUGGACAAAUUUGAGAGUCAAUUUGAAGAUUUGGAUGUACAGUCAUCAUAUAUGGAGAAUACCAUGUCCCAAACAACUACAACUGCAGUGCCGCAGGGAGAUGUGGACAAUCUAUUACAACAAGUUGCUGACGAGGCUGGUUUGGAAUUAAACAUGGAACUACCAUCUGGAGUGCCGAGCGCAUCAAUCGGCACUGCUACAGUGGUCUCUCAGGAACAAGAUGAGCUCACACAAAGACUUGCAAGAUUGAGACAAGCCGAA